AUGGAGGCUUUGAGUGAAGCUGGGCUGUGUUUCCCACAGCUAAUCAACACUUCCUGCAGAAGGACCCAGCACUUUCCUUCUGAGAAGAUUUUGCUUUACAUUAUGCUGUCUUGCGUGUCUUUACUGACUGUGACCCUCAACUUGCUGGUCAUCAUCUCUGUCUCACACUUCAGGCAGCUCCACACAUCCACCAACCUGUUCCUCCUUUCUCUUGCUGUCUCAGAUUUCCUUGUUGGAUUGCUGCUGAUGCCCAUUAGACUCCUGCUGACUGGAGGCUGCUGGAUGUUGGGAAGCCUCAUGUGUUCUCUCUUUCACUACACUUGUUUUCUCCUUACAUCUGCCUCAGUAGGAAACAUGGUGCUGAUAUCAGUUGACCGAUAUAUAGCCAUCUGUGACCCUUUGAGUUACCAUGUUAAAGUGACACAAAGAAGAGUUCAAAUCUGUAUCUGUCUGUGUUGGGGCUGCUCUGCAUUUUACAAUGGUGUGAUGAUGAAAGACCAUUUUAAAGAUCCAGACAGAUUUAACUCUUGUUAUGGGGAAUGUGUUCUUCUGACUGAUUUUCUAGUAGGAACCUUUGAUGUCGUAUUUACAUUUCUUACUCCUAUUACAGUUAUUAUAGUUCUGUACAUGAGAGUGUUUGUGGUGGCUGUGUCUCAGGCUCAGGCCAUGAGGUCUCAAACUGCAGCUGUCAGGAUUCAAGGUUCAGUUCGCAUAACAGCUAAAAAAUCUGAGAGAAAAGCAGCUAUGGCUCUUGGUGUUGUUGUAACUGUGUUUAUAUUUAACUUAAGUCCUUUUUUCUAUUCAACUUUUGCAGGACUGAAUUUUUCAUACAAUGAGUUUCUUUCAAAUUUUGGGAUCUGGUUAUUUUAUUUUAAUUCAUGCCUGAAUCCACUUAUCUACGCUUUUUUCUACCCCUGGUUUAGGAAGUGUCUUAAAUUAAUUCUAACACUACAAAUCUUGCAACCUGCCUCCUGUGACAUUAACAUACAGUAG